AGCUGGGGAUGAGAGGCCGCUCUCUGCUCUGUCUGUCACUCUGACUCUGUCUCCUCCCCUUCUCGCCUGUCUCUCUCUCUCUGUGUUUCUCGAGCAGGUCGGGGCGCUGUGUAUAAAAGGAGACAGUAGCAUUCGGCCUUUCAUUGUGCAGCCACUUGAGUGAAGAAACAUCAUGUCUGGCAGAGGGAAAGGAGGUAAAGGACUGGGCAAAGGAGGAGCCAAACGGCAUCGCAAAGUUCUUCGCGAUAAUAUCCAAGGCAUCACCAAACCAGCUAUCCGCCGCCUGGCUCGGCGUGGCGGUGUCAAGCGAAUCUCGGGUCUCAUCUACGAGGAGACCCGUGGGGUGCUGAAGGUUUUCUUGGAGAAUGUGAUCAGGGAUGCGGUCACCUACACCGAGCACGCCAAGCGUAAGACGGUCACUGCCAUGGAUGUGGUGUACGCUCUGAAACGCCAGGGCCGAACUCUGUAUGGCUUCGGCGGAUAAAGAAUUCUUCCCUUUAACCAAUCGAC